AAAGCUGUACCCCUCAAGCCCUGUCAAAGACAAGACCAGAAAAGAACGCGAAAGCCCAAGUUCAUUUACCUAGCUGGCUAGGUUUAACCCAAAAAAAGAAUCAACCCCUUGCCUGACACUUUAUCCGCAUGCCCAAAAACACGGAAAGCCGGGCUUGCUGAAUUAUGCUGCAAUAGAAGUCGUCCGCCAGUCAUUCAUCGCAAUUCAAGACACACCCACCAAACAUACCGCACGUUAUCCCGCAAAGUAGGAGUCUUAACCAACCAGAAAGCUCUCCAUACCACAGGUCGCACUCUCAAUAUCACUCACCCGGUUCCUGGGACUUUCACAGCUUCCUUGAAGCCUCCAGCCAUUACCAUGCUUCCUGUCACUCUAGGGUUGUCCUCCAUUGGAGUUUCUAUAUCUCCCCCAGCUUUCCCCGCGACUAUCAAUGGAGAGCUGCUCUUUUUUCCUCUCUAUCAUUAUUGUACUUUGAAGUUACACAUAUAACAAAUUUGGUUCCAACCCUCAUUCAUGCACUCGCAAUCAGAUUUCGGACAAUCAAACAAAUAUCUUGUACUUCGCCCUCCUCGGCCACUUCUAUAUAGCAUCACAUCUCUGGUUGAGCAAUUACUAUCAUCAUCUCAUUUCGAAUCUCGAGACUUUAAUGACACUUAAAGAUACCUCUACCUGAUAACACUCAAUCGAACGUCUAUAAUAUCACGAUAUAUUUGACAAUCUCCUACAACAUGUACCAUUCAAAUCACGACGCACUACCAAUUCAUCAGCCAUCUGAUGGUAGGAGCAUCAGCUAUGGACGAGAGCCGCUACCCUACCACGACAAUGGCGACGACAGGGCGCAAAUGCCAAACUUCAAUCCUCCCAGGCUUCCUCCCAUAUCUUCAUUGCUAUCUUCUUUACCACCGGAACAAGUUGAGGAGGGUCAGACAUUCGACGGUUCAUAUCGCCCGCCAUCACAAGGACCACGGUCUCCAGUGGCAUUGAACAGACCAAUGUACCUGCAUCAGCAACAAUGCAGUCCUCGAGAGCUAGAACGUACUUUCAAGCAUUCGCAAAGCCCGCUAUCUCCAUACUCGACAUGUCCACCGACACCCAUGUCAGAUGCAUUCGCGACUAGGGAAGGAUCUGUUGCAGCUCAUUACCAUGGUCCGUUUGCCCCUCCAAGGGCUCCGCCACCACUCCUUCCUCAGCCAGAAUGUAGACUGGUCGUCAUGCAACAGCCAAUAUCAGCACGAGCUUGUGGAUAUGGAGACAAGGACCGUCGAAUGAUAGAUCCGCCGCCAAUCCUGACACUCGAAGUAUUCGAUAAGGAUACAGGUCAGGCCGUUGAUCCGAAAGAGAGAAAGAAAGUCUUGAAUCAAUUCAUGCCAAUAGUGCAUUGCACACUAUGGAAUCCCUACACGAAUUGCGAAGAUGACAAGAUCGAGGGGAGCAGUGACCGUAGAAACCAGAGGAGGAUGGUAGGCACGAUGGUGUGUAACGGGUUUAAAGCACUCGACCCUCAUGGCGAUGAACGAUUCUUCUUCACUUUUGCCGAUUUGUCUGUUCGAUUUCCGGGUGACUAUCAACUGAAGUUCAGAUUAACGUUGAUUGACCCAGCUGCAAUGGGAAAAGGUCAAAGGAACGGGAUCAUGAGUCCAUUGUUAAGUAAUAUCUUCAAGGUACACAAUGCCAAAGACUUUGAGGGUAUGAGACCGAGCUCUGAUCUGGCGAAAUCUCUUGUCAGCCAGGGCUAUCCAAAUAUUCUGAAGAUCAAGAAGGGAAACGCGAAAACAAUUGCAAUGGUUGGCCAAGGGGACGACGAAGAUGACGAUGAUGAGAUGGGAGGAAUGUAAGUGAGGGACGCACGUGAAGCCAGUUCUAGCUGAGCAUAAUGAUAAGGAGUCAGCAGAAGUCUAGUGAAUGGCUGCUUUGAUAGUGAGGGCGACUUACGAGCUUUGAUUUUUGCAUUGGAUUCAUUGUUGGUCGGUUGAAGGCGGGAGUUAGCGUCUUAAAAUGGUUACUCUUUUGGUGAAGAGAUCUGGACAACAGGAUGAAUUUAUGAAUUUAUGAGGAGCAAGAGCAAGAGCGACAACGUUGGUAUUGGGCUGUACUGAUAAUUGUACUGGCUGUUUGGUGAAAACUUUUGAUAUCAUGAUCAAACUUCACCCCAAGUUCUGCAUUUUACAAAUUGUUAUUGUGGUGGCAGUGGAAGAUAUAUCACUGAAUUCAAAUAAAUGUUAAACAUCGAAUAUCAGAGAUCAAUCGAAGAUGGUAUAUCAAAAUUUGUUCCGAUUCUUUACUUUUUCUUCUCCUAUUCUUCAAUUAGCUCUAGCUAUUUAUCUAGCUACCUAUAUAUCUGGAUAGAUCUAGGCAGCUUCGAA